AUGAAGAAAAUUGGCCAGAUGAAUCGAGAUGUAAGUAUAUUUUAAAAAUUUUUUAAUUUUAAAAAUUUUGGUUGAACCGAAAAUAAUAGGACACUUUUCAUUUAUUUUUUAAUUAAAAAGUGCCCCGAUACUUUUGAUUCAACUUAACAAAAACUUUUUUUAAAUUAGACUUUAUUCGGUGCCGACAUAAAGGACCCGCCAUACAUUGCCUGUAAUUUCCUGUAAAAAAUGGCGGGUUCUUUAUGUCGGCACCAAAUAUUAUAAUUUUAAAAACCCCUGUUAUCAGUCUUAUAAAAUCUUUAUUUUUAAACCAUUGUUAAUAAAAAAACGUAAUUUUUAAUAAUUUACAGAUCUGGGACAUCAUAAUGAAGCAUUGUGACAUGUCAUCGAUCACGAACUUGGCUAGAAUCAAAUUAAAAUCGCAAAAAAUUAUAAAUUUUGAUUUUAAAAAAGUUUGUGUUCGAAAUCACAUAUACCGGCUUCCUGGCGAGUUAUGGGCGGAUGCGUUCGCUGAGUAAGUUUAAAAAAGUUUUUUUUUGUUUUAAACAUCUUUUUUAGCUUGUGAUCGAUUUUUUUUGGUUAUACAAGACAUCCUUUGGCCGGGAAAAUCUUGCUAGCCGUAGACAUGUGAAACGGGCCAAGCCCAUUUUUCAGACCCGGCCCGAUCAAAAUUUUGCUUAAAGCCGGCCCGGCCCGUUUCAUAUGUCUAGCUAGCCAAAACCGUAUAGCAGUUUUUGAAAGUAAAAAUUGGACUUUUAAAAACUUUUAGGCUUAAAAUUUUACUAAUAUCCUAAAAUUUCAGUGUCCACCGUCGAUUAUGGAAAAACUCGACAAAGUUGUGGAUUGGCGUUUUUUUUGGCUACAUGAGCCACUUUGUCAUGUUUGCCAAGGGAAAGGUUUUGGUGGUCUGUAGUAUGGAUUUUGCGCGUCCUCUUGUCAAAGUGUUCAGAUAUCAAGCAAAUGUGAUAAAUGCUGUAAUUACUAGCGAUCAAAACUACGUCGUUGUUUCUGUAAGUGAUUUUUUUACUUUGGGUUGCUUUCUGUGCUCUACCUACUGUACCUUUCUCUACUGGUGUUUUUGGCGAGGAGGGGGGGGAGAGAUCUGAAGAGGGGGGGGGGAGAGAUCUGAAGAGGGGGGGGGGAGGGGGAGAAGAAAAGGGUUUUUUACUUUGGAAGCCUUUCUCUACUUUACCUUCUACCGUACUCUACUAGUGUUCUCAGUAAGGGGGGGGGGGGGGUACAGCCUCAAGACGGAAAGAGAGGGAGGACCACACUUCUAUUGCCGAUAACACUGUACUCUACCCUAACCUACCCUACCUAAUAAGUCAUUACUCUACUCUACUUUAUUCUACCUUGCCCUAUCCUAAAUUACUGCAACUUAACCUAUGUUACUUUACCAUACCUUAACCUAACUUAUCUUACUCUUCCCUACUCUAACCUACCAUAUCCUGCCCUAAGAUAUCUUACCCUACCUCCCCUACCAUUAAAAAAAAGUGACAAUCAAUUUCAGACUGACAAUGGUCAAAGCUUUGUUAAUGACUUAAAGUCAAAUCAGCCUCUUUCCACGGAUCAACGAACCAACAUCAAGUUCAAUGCCAGCGUUUUCACCCACGACUACAACUGCACUUUCAUACAGGAUGUUCUGAGUACGAAGAAAAUCUCGAUUGAAAAUAUUCGAACGAAUAUCAUAGCAAUUCGUGGUUACUACGUGGCUUGUGUUGAAGAGGACAAACUAGCGAUACACGAUGUAAACAGUGCUUUGAAGUACGAGGUACCGUUGAACCAAAAUUACUCGUAUAUUCACUAUGUCACUCUUCUGACCUCAACAAACUGCGUAAAGAUUGUUUAUGGUAACGAAAAUUCGAAUUUAUCGCCAUUUGAAAUGUACAAUAUUGAAAAUGGCAGUUUGCUUUUUUCGGACAUUGACGACUGUGAUGUCUUGACUGAAUGUCUUGUACGAUGCCACAGAGGAUUCGUAAGUUUUUGACAGUUUUUAUUUUAUUGUGUUUACCCUACCCUACCCUACCCUUCCCUACUCUGCCUUACCUUACCCUACCCUACCCUACCCUAGCUUUUAAAGCUUUUUCCACCCCCCCCCCCCUCUCUGCAACACCAGCUAAACAAAAUACCCCGCUCUGCUUUCCACUAACUUUGGCCGACUUUACCCUGUUGUAGCCUACCGUACGCAGGUUACGUUAUUAUUCUACUUUAGGCAUGACGAACGGGCCGGGCAUCAUACUCAAGCCCAGCCCAAGCUAAAUUUUGCUCAGGAUCGGGUUGGCCCUAACUUUUUUACGUGCAAACAGGCCUGGCUCUUCGUGCCGAGUCUUGACUCUCAGGCCCGGGUCCACCUAAAUUUGGGUCAAAGCCGGUUCGGUCCCUUCCUCAUGUCUAUCCUACUUUACCCUACCUCCAGGGCCGGGCGCUGGGGAGGGGGGAAAGUUUAUAAAAAAAAUUUUGAAAAAAGUUAAACGUGGUCCCCCCUGUGGAUUUUUCGGAGAAAUUUUUUCGAUCCCCGCCCACAGACCAAAAGUCCCCGCUCGGCACUGCCUACCUCGUUACUAAACCUUACGCACGAUUUUCAAUUUUCAGCUUUACAGUUUCGAUUCCUGUACUGGAACAUGGGUUUACGCCGGCUCGACAAUGAAAAAGCCACACACGAUCUUGGGCAUCACUGCCCCAGAUUUCAGCAUUACCGAAAACUACCGUGUUCCUGGAGCGAAUUUGGAAAGAAGGAUACCUAUUUCCAGUCCAAAACUUAACGCAUUCAAUGAAACUGCAAUUAGGGAUGUGAAAGAUUAUUGUGAUUUUCUACAGUUACAUGAAGACAGAGAAGAAUAUAAUAGGACUCACGAUGACAAACUGUAUACACUGGAUGACUAUGUAAGCAUGGCUAUUGAUAGUGUAAAUAGGAUGAAGAAGGGUGUGGAAGGGGAUACUGAACAAGCUUUGAAUAAAAAUGUUGAAGUCGAUGUAGAAGCUCACGGUGAAGGCAACAAAACGCCUGAGAAUGAUAAUGAACAUCAUGGUGAAACAUCACACGAUGAUGAACAACAUCAAGAUGAAACAUCAUACUAUGAUGAUGAAAAUCACAGUAAAACAUCUCAAGAUAAUGAAGAACAUCACGGCGAAACAUCUCGGGAUGAUGAGAAACAUCAAGAUAAUAACGACGCAACUAAAGAAAAUGAAAUAGAUGUUGAUAGACACAGUGAAGCCGGCUUAUCUAGUGACUCGGACUACAGCAAUGUUUCUGUAGCCUACACUGAGUAUACACUUAACAGUAGUUCUGAAUCAGAUGAUUCAAAAGAUUCAUCUAAUCGAGAAGAAGAUGUAUCAGAAACAGCCUUAUCACCGGCUGUAGAAGAUCCACCUGCCACAGAAGAAGAUUCAUCAGAUUCACCCUUAUCAGAGUCUGAAAGAGAUUCACCUGUUACAGAAGAAGAUGCACCAGAACCAUCCUUGUCUAACUCUGUAGAAGAUCUACCUGUCACAGAAGAAGAUUCAUCAGAACCAGCCUUAUCAGAGUCAGUAGAAGACUUGUCUGUAACCGAAAAUUCAAAUACUGACGACAAUACUCAAUCCAAUAAGGAAGAUCAAAGUAACGACGAAGAAGAACCUUUAGUUAAUGUAGAUGACCCAGAAGACACUCAUCCCAGCGCCUACGUUCGCGGCCUACUAGAAUAUAACGACGAGGAUGCAAUACGACAGUUACUUGAAAACGAUAAUCAUAAUCAAGCAGAAGCUGAUGACCGCAAUCUACUAGAUUUUUUUGUCAGCGAUGUUGAGGAUGACAGUCCCCGUUGGACACCGGAAAGUCUUCAUUUGGAACUUGAUCCAAAUGAACAUGAGUUUGGAUGGCAGGCAUUUGAAAUCGCGUUUUUACAGGAAAAACCACAAAGUAAGGGACAUAAAAAAUGGGAACUUAGGCUUACCACUUUUAUGGCCCGGCCUAAUCUGAGUUUUGCUCAGGCCCGGCCCUUUCCCCAUGUCUACUCAGGCUAUGUCUAGGCAUGGAGUGGUUUAAAAAAUGAUGAGCUAGGGCUUUAGGUCUAGUGAUAUAGAGCCAAAGCAAGAACUAAUUGUAAGCAUAGGUCCAGGACUCUGAGCUAGGGCUCUCGGCUAGGGCUCUAGAGUAAGGCUCUGAGCUAGGUCUUUAGGCUAGAGAUCUGGGUUAGGGCUCAGGUCUAGGGCUCGGGCUUUCGGGCUAGGGCUUUGGGCUAGACUUCUGAGUUGAGGCUCUGGGCUAGGGCUGUGGCUAAGAUCAGUGGCUAAGGCUAGAGCUAGGACUCUGAAGCUCUGGUCUAGAGCUCUGAGUUAGGGCAUUGGACUACUGAUCUGGGCUAGGGCUCUAGAAUAGGACUUCGGGCUAGCUUGACCUAUCUUUAACCUCAUGUUUAUUAAAAAAAAACCAAAAACCCUUUACUAAUUUCAACUUUUUUAGACAAAAUGCUAGUCCAGUACAAUGCGGACAUAUGUCGCACAAAACACCCUCUAGUAGAACUUAGCCAACAACUUAUGUUUCACGAUGUCAGCGGUUACAGUGAGAACAUCGCGGCUAUUUAUUAUCAAAAAUUGGUUGAUUCUUGGUGUUACACGGAGAGAUACAGAAGUUUUAAAUGA